AUGCUGCCCGGGCUCGGGAGCCUGCUGCCAGGUCCACCGGCCUGCGUCCUCCUGCUCCUCCUGGCCGCAGCCCCUGCCGUCGCCCGCUGCCCCAUGCUCUGUACCUGCUACCCGGCACCGCCCACCGUGAGCUGCCAGGCCAACAACUUCUCGGCGGUGCCGCGGGCCCUGCCGCCCGGCACACAGCGCCUCUUCCUGCAGAACAACCUCAUCACCGCGCUGCGGCCCGGGUCCUUUGGGCCCAGCCUGCUCACCCUGUGGCUCUUCUCCAACAACCUCUCGGCCAUCUACCCGGGCACCUUCCGCCACCUGCAGGCGCUCGAGGAGCUGGACCUGGGCGACAACCGGCACCUGCGCUCGCUGGAGCCCGACACCUUCCAGGGCCUGGAGCGGCUGCAGUCGCUGCACCUCUAUCGCUGCCAGCUCAGCAGCCUGCCCGGCACCAUCUUCCGCGGCCUGGUCAGCCUGCAGUACCUCUACCUCCAGGAGAACAGCCUGCUCCACCUACAGGAUGACCUGUUCGCGGACCUGGCCAACCUGAGCCACCUCUUCUUGCACGGGAACCGCCUGCGGCUGCUCACGGAGCACGUGUUCCGCGGCCUGGGCAGCCUGGACCGGCUGCUGCUGCACGGGAACCGGCUGCAGGGCGUGCACCGCGCCGCCUUCCGCGGCCUCGGCCGCCUCACCAUCCUCUACCUGUUCAACAACAGCCUGGCCUCGCUGCCCGGCGAGGCGCUGGCCGACUUGCCGGCGCUCGAGUUCCUGCGACUCAACGCCAACCCUUGGGCGUGCGACUGCCGCGCGCGGCCGCUCUGGGCCUGGUUCCAGCGCGCGCGCGUGUCCAGCUCCGACGUGACGUGCGCCUCGCCGCCCGAGCGCCGGGGCCGCGACCUGCGCGCGCUCCGCGAGGCCGACUUCCAGUCCUGCCCGCCCGCCGCGCCCACGCGGCCCGGGGGCCGCGCGCGCGCCAACAGCUCCUCCAACCACCUGUACGGGGUGGCCGAGGCCGGGGCACCGCCGGCCGACCCCUCCACCCUCUACCGCGACCUGCCCGCCGAGGACGCGCGGGGGCGCCCGGGCGGCGACGCGCCCACCGAGGACGACUACUGGGGCGGCUACGGCGGCGAGGACCGGCGGGGUGAGCAGACGUGCCCUGGAGCCGCCUGCCAGGAGCCCGCGGACUCCCGCGGCCCCGCGCGCGCGCCCGGGCUCGCCGCCCCGCUGCUUUGCCUGAUAAUCCUGGCGCCCCACCACCUCUGA